AAGCUGGGGCGGAAGAUUGCAUGCAGUAGAUUAAAUUCGUUUGCACAUUUUCUCUGCUUUUGUGAUGCGACGACGCAAGGGUGGAAAAGAGAGAGAAUUUAAAGAAGGAGACAAUGAUGUGUGCAGGCUGUGUUCCAAAGGACCAGAUGAAGACAUUUUUGGAAAAUUUUUCAGAGAUGCAAGUACUGGUUUUUCAGUUCACCAGUAUUGUAUGUUUCUUUCUUCAGGACUGGCUCAGAAAGGAAAAGAGGAUGAAGAAUUUGAUGGAUUUCUAAUUAAGGACAUAAAGAAGGAAAUAACAAGAGCAAAAAGGCUGAGAUGCAGUUUCUGCAAGAAGCUGGGUGCCUCCAUUGGCUGUUGUAAGGGUGGAUGUCGUGAAACUUUUCAUUAUAAAUGUGGGAAAGAAAAUGGAGCUCUGUUUCAAUUCUUUGAUACCUUUAAUUCUUUUUGUCGGCUUCACCGCCCAACCCAGGAUGUGGCAUUACAAAAAAACCAAACUUGUCCAAUCUGUAGGUGUGAAAUAGGACAUAAGAGUAAGAUACCAAUCGCUGUUAUCCCUCUUGUUACACCUUGCUGUAGAAUGACGUGGUUUCACAACAACUGUCUUCAGAAAUAUGCAAACUCGAGUGGGUCAUAUUACUUCCGUUGCCCAGUUUGCAACAAUUUGGAAGAAUUUCAAGAAGAAAUGAAGAGAAUGGGAAUUUUUAUACCUGAACAGGAUGCCAGUUGGGAAAAAGAAGACGCUUUUGCUGACCUUCUUUUUCAAUACAGUCGCUGUGAUGCAAAGAAGUGUGUCUGUCAAAACGGCAGAGAGCACAAGGAAACGUCAGGAAAAUGGCGCAUACGCUUGUGUGACAUCUGUGGCCAAACUGGCACCCAUCUGAAGUGUCAACGCUGGAAGAAAUCCCCAGGGGAAUGGCACUGUGAUGUAUGUGGAGACAAAAAGUCUCAACCAAGAACACGGCAAAGACAAAUAGGGGAUCGUUCCAUGAACUAUUUAAGCAGCGAUGAUGAUGAUGAUGAUGAUGACAGGGAAUCACCAACAGAAGACUGUGAUGUCAAUGUGUGUUCUGUGUCAGAUGAUGAAGUUCCUUUGGCUGAGAUUAGAAAUGAGCUAAACUGCAGAGGAGAGACACCUCUAUGUGUAGAUAAUGUUGUGAAGAGGCCUAAAGCAGUAGCAUCUCCUAUGAGGAAACGUGCUAGAGUUUCCCUUCAAAGAUCAGAUGAUGAAGAUGAAACAACUGAACUGAAAGAAGACCAUACAAAUAAACCUCAAGAAACCCCUGAGUGUAGUGGCCUUCAUCUUGGUGACAUUUUUGCUUCAACCUCAUCUAUGACAACUAGUCUUCUUCUUACACUCUCUGGUUUAAUCACAGGGACAACAAGAGAAAAUAUUCAAAGUGACUUUGAACCAAUUCUUAAUGAAUCAGUAGAAUCUGAUUGCUCAUCAGAGGCAAGUAUAGAGUUUGUGAAGGCAGUGAAAACAGAUGAGAAACAUUUCAACAGUGAAAUAAAUGUCGGCAGAUCGGCUGGUAAGUUGCAGAGAAGAGCAGGUUUCCAAGAAGUAAAACAGGAUUUGUCCUUGACAACUUCAAAAGCAGUCAGAGAUUCUGUUGAAGCAGAAUCUUGCAUCAUUUCUGGAAAGACUGAAGGACGAGAGUCCACUUCAGUAGAGAAUUUGUCAGUGUCAGAGAACAAGGAUGAGAUUGAUGAAGAUUUUUGUUGCAUCACUAAAGUUGUGAAAAAGUCAUGUCCUGUUGGAAAUGACAAAUGUGGGCAGAAUUGUGAUCUUGAUUGCUGUAAUUCUGUAGCACGUCACAUUUACCAGUCUCCAUCACCAUCCAAAGUGUCUAUGAGUUCAUGUUCCCACAAAGACAUACAAAGUAAGAAAGUGAGUGGUUCUAGUACUUAUAGUGGUAGAAGUCUUGUCAAAGAGAAAAUAGGCAAACCUGCAGAUCAAAACAAACUCUUAAAUGAAGCAACCACUGAGGCACGUUUUUUCUCUGUUGGCACCAAUACUUUGCCCUUCAAACAAUGUGUUAAGAAAGAUUCUCGUCACAAGUUAGCUUCAGAUGCUGCAUCAACCCGAAGGAAAAGAAUGAAAUUGAGCAGCAAAAAGUCUGGCAAGCGUCUGAAAAGAUUUGCUGCUGUCCAGGAUGACAAAGUAGCUUUGAGUCACAAAUGCUAAUACUGACAUUUAAAAAAAAAUUGCAUGUAGUAUUUUUAUUGUAUAGUUGAAGGAGUUUGGAUGGUAAUGGCAACACAUUUGAGGAUGAAGUCCUGGAAGUCCGUGAAGCUAUAUGUUGACUCCUUAACUAAAAAUAUAUUUUCUCAACUCUAUGGAGAAUUCUUAAACAGUGACAUCAUAGUAUCAAGUUUUACAUUUUAGUGGGGCUGCUAUUAUAGGUAGUUGCCAUUUAAAACCCUUUCACUCCCGAGAUCUCAUUUGUAAAUCUCCUUACAGUCUGACAUACAAUUCUUAUGAUGUUGGUUCAGAGAAUUUGGUAUUGGAUCAACUAACAAUCCCCUGAUUGAUCCUUUUU